AUGGUGUAUCUUUUAGUAUAUGUUGAUGAUAUUAUCAUCACAGGAAGUUCUACAUCUCUGGUUCAGCAUCUGGCCAAUCAACUUAACUCUAUUUUUAGUUUAAAACAACUUGGAGAUCUUGACUACUUUUUAGGAAUUGAGGUUAAGCAUCUUGCAGAUGGCUCUCUCUUACUCACUCAAUCCAAGUAUAUCAAUGAUCUACUGACAAAAACUAAUAUGUCUGAUUACAAUCCUAUCACAACUCCUAUGAUGUCCAGCUGUAAACUAUCCAAAGUUGGUUCUGAUAAUGUUGUUGAUGCUACAUUAUAUAGGUUAGUUGUUGGCUCUCUACAAUAUGCCACCAUAACUAGACCAAAAAUUUAUUUUGCUGUGAACAAAGUUUGCUAA